AUGCCUCACUAUUCUAAAUUUUUGAAGGACCUUUUUAAUGGAAGGAGAGAAGUGGAGACUGUAAACCUCACCGCUAAUUGUAGUGCUAUUCUUUCUAGCAAGCUCCCUACAAAGUUGAAAGACCCCGGUAGUUUCUUUAUCCCAUGUUCUAUCAAUGAUGUUCAUCUUGGGAAAGCCUUGUGUGACUUGGUUGCAAGUGUGAGCCUUAUGCCUAUUUCUGUUUACAAAAAACUAGGUGUACUUAACCUUUCUCCUACAAACAUCACCCUCCAACUUGCCGAUCGUUCUAUCAAGUUACCCAUAGGGAAAGUGGAAUACAUCCCUCUUAGAGUUGGCAAGUUUACCUUUCCCGUUGAUGAGAGAAUCCCCAUCAUUUUGGGUAGACCUUUUCUUGCUACUUUUAGGGCUAUCAUCAAUGUGAAAGAUGGUAAGAUGACUUUGAAGGUUGAUAAUGAGUCCAUUGAGUUUGAUUUGAAUAGUUUCAUGAACCAACCUUCCUCAUCUAAUUAA